AAGCCGCGCUGUGAUUGGCUGACGACGCCCGUCAAUCAAAGCAGGCGCCGCGUCUCAUUGGUCAAAGACUAGCCGUCGUCUCUGACUCUCGCGGUACUGCUGCACGAAGAUGGCGGCCGAACUGGUGGAAGCGAUGAACAUGGUCAAAAGUUUCCGGGUCUCAGACCUGCAGACGCUGCUGGCCUCCAUGGGCCGCAGCAAAAGUGGGCUGAAACAGGACCUAGUGGGGCGUGCGCUGAGGCUAGUGCAGACCGAGUACAGCCCAGAGCUUCUGAAGAACGUCAGGCAGCUCUACGAGUCGCGCUUCCCCAAAACAUCUGGCUGGCUUGCGGCGCGCCGUCCAGAGGGCGUCCCAGUUGCCUACUCAUCCCUCAGCUCCUCCCCCACUGCCACCUCUCAGGGCGCAGACUACCUCAACGGCAUUUCCAAACCAAUCCCCACUCCUGCAGCAGAGGUCAAGCUGGUGCCACUGCCCUUCUACCAAACUUUGGAGACACUGUUGCCACCAACAGAGCUAAUCGCCCAGAACAAUGAGAAACUGCAGGACAGUCAGUGCAUAUUUGAAUUAACACCGAACCAAGCAGACCAGAUCAGAAACGCGAGUGAGCUUCGUCCAGGAAUGAGAUCGAUCCAAGUGGUUCUUAGAAUCUGUUACACAGACUCCAUUGGUGUCCAGGAGGACCAGUAUCCUCCCAACAUUGCUGUCAAAGUCAACCAGUCCUACUGUCAUGUGCCGGGCUAUUACCCCUCUAAUAAGCCUGGUGUGGAGCCCCGUCGUCCUUGUCGUCCUGUAAACAUCACUCCCUGGUUGCAUCUCUCCAAUGCCACCAACAGAGUCACCGUCACCUGGGGAAACUUUGGCAAGCGGUACUCUGUGGCGGUGUAUUUAGUGAGGGUUUUCACUGCAGCAGACCUCUUCAGCCAACUCAAACUCUGCUCUGUUGAGAGUGCAGAACGCUGUCGUGAACGCAUCCAAGACAAACUACGCUUUGACCCAGAGAGUGAAAUUGCGACCACAGGCCUCCGGGUUUCUCUCAUCUGUCCAUUGGUGAAGAUGCGGCUCGGUGUUCCAUGUCGAGUUUUAACUUGUGCCCAUCUUCAGUGUUUCGACGCAGUCUUCUUCCUGCAGAUGAACGAGAAGAAGCCCACAUGGACUUGCCCCGUCUGUGACAAGCCCGCUCCCUUUGAGCUGCUCACUAUUGAUGGGCUAAUGUCUGAGAUUCUGACAGAGACGAGUGAGGACAUCGAGGAGAUUGAGUACUUAACCGACGGCUCCUGGCGACCCAUCAGAGAUGAAAAGGAGAGGGACCGGGAAAGAGAACGCAGCAACACGCCAGAGUAUCCUGUUGUUGAUAUAUGCAUUCCUGAGGCAAACGGUCAUUCACCGGCCCACAGCAGCACCAGCCUGACGGGCAAAUCUGGAAGCGGUUCUGUAGGUAUGGCGGGAGGAGCUGCCUCGGCACCGGGAGGAGGUGCGGUGGUAGAUCUGACUCUUGACUCCUCCUCUGAGGAGGAAGGGGGCGGGGCAGGAGGAGACAGUGAGGACACUGAGGACAGCGCCGACAGUCCUGCCCCGAAAAGGGGCCGAUACAACUACGACAAGGACCUGGUCACUGCCUACUGACCCCACAGCUCUGUCCCCUCAUAGACUGACACACACACAGAGACAGAGAGGCAGGGGGCUGAGAGGACAGGAACACAGUAAUCCACUAGAUGCAACUACCCUCCCUUACGCCCAGACGUCGGAGCCUUUUAGCAGCUCUGGUUUAUAUCCAGUCAAAAUAAACACACUCAAACAUGCACUGUUCAUGAAUCUUCAAUCUAGAGUGAUUAGGAUUCCUCUUUGUACUGUACACCACUGGAAGCAACUCUUUUUGGCCAACCGUCACCUUGCAGUGAAUACCUGUACCGUCCUGCCUCUACUCAGAAUGGACUGAAUGGAUCGUGCACCCAACCACCACCACCACCACCCCUCCUUCCUCCUCUCUCUCCAGACUAUUCCCUCUCUACCACCCCACCUCUCUUUGUAUUUGACUUGGAAUUACAGGCUCUUUUAGCCGUGGGCGUUCGACGUGUGCGUCUCUGAUUUUUUGUCACACUUGUGAUGAACAGGCAAGUUGGAAAAUGGAGGCUCCUCAGUAGUUUUUGGUAAAAGAUCAAAAAAACAACUACAUGGAAAAUUUUUGGGGAGGACAAGGCCGAGACAUCUGGAGUGUGAUGCAAAUUUAAAACUCUCCCAUCGUGUUUAUUUCUUUGUUCAGAGAAUGAAUUAAAAGCUUGAAAGGGUUUUUUCAGGAAUUUAUCCUUUUUAAUUACAAAAGGGCAGAACACAGUACUGGCCUCAAUGUGUGACGCUUUCCAUUUUUAUUUUGUCCUUAGCUAAAGAGAACCUACCUCAGUCAUAAAAACUUAGCAGACUGACCAGAGAGUAGCUUAGAAAGAAGUGGAGGACAGAAGAAUUGAGUCUUUCUGAAGCCAAUUUUACACUGGAGAUUAUGUUUUCCUGCAUUAAUUCUGUUUGUUUUAUUUUUUUUUGAAUUCCAUCGUUCCAUGCAGCUCUGUCCCCUCAGCAGCAACAAAAUCUUUGUUAAAGGGCGAGAUAGUUUGUAAAAAAAAAAAAAAAAAAAGUUGUCGGUGGACUCUGUAAAACAUAACUGCAGUUAUUACGCUGUAACAUGAUUUAGUAGGAGUGAUAUAUCAGCAUUGCAUAUUGGCGUAGCUCAUCGAAAUUACUGUGCGGCAGCUGUUGCCAAAGCAGAUCUAUUUUAAGAAUUCACUGACAGGAAAUGGUUGUGAAUGGUUCGGUGCCUUUUUCGUUAAGUGGUGAAGAUCGGAGCCCGUUGUUUUACGGCUAGCUGAGCUGGCCAGCAGAUGAGAUCCCAGUCUGAGAGGGGGGGGGGGUGUAUUUCAUUAAGGAUUAGAUGUUUUUCCAGUUGGAGAAAUUGACAAAGAAGAAGAAUCUGGUAAAGGACAGUUAAUGGAAUAGGUAUCAGAAGUGCUGUCAUUCCUUUUCCCCCCCACUCCUCUGAAAGUAUCAUAUUUAUUUAAUUGCUUCACAUUUUCUUAACAGUUGUUUGCAGAAAGCAGGACACCUCUGCUGCAGUGGUUUGAGUGUUGAGCGUUACAAUUGGUCCGGGCUCAUGGCUGCGCUGUUGACGAAUGCUCCCUUUUCUUUCCCUCUGAAUGAAUCCGACCUGGGUCAAAGCACCAUUCAGAGUACUUUGCUGCGGUGGGUUCAACAUGUCUGACACAACGAAACUUAAUGAAGUGUCAAUAAGUGCAACCCCGCCACGCUUUAAGUCAUUGAUUGGAUUACAAAUGGUCUUGUCUGGAACAAGUGGAGCUGCUUCAACCAACAAUCCCCCCGGCCUCCUUUUCAAUGUAGAUAAGGUCACGUCUAUUUGCUGGAAUAGAAUUGGACUUUAAUUGCUACAUGCUGUAGUCGUACAACUAAUAUUCCUCUGCACUAGUGUUGUCUGCGUGUGAUGGCUGCUCCUCAGAGAAGGAUACUCGGGCUGCAUGUCCAGGCUUUAGGUUUUGUCUGCAGUGUUUGCUUGGAAGAAGAGAAAAGAUGUUGCUAGAGCUGUUUGCACUUUCAUCUGACACCUUCAUCCCAACUUUAAGGCUUAUUUAUGAGUAUUAAUCCAUUGUGAUCAGCUCUUCUCAACCAUCUCAUGCGUGGCAUUCAGAAAAUGUGAAACUAGAAAAAGAUCUGCUCCACUGUGAGACACAUGGCGGGAGUAGUAGUGACUCAGAUGCUUUGUAUGUUUCCCUCUCUCAUCAUGUUUUUUUGUUACAUUUUGAUCAGCACAGAACCUGGUUUUCUUUUUGCCUUGCUCAUAAGCACAGAGGAAUGACAUUUACACAUCGAUCCGGGGCCUCACUGCUGCAAGUGCAUCCUCCGAUAAGGUUGAUGAUUGGAAAAGUAGGUCGAGUUAAAUCUGGUCUUCCAUUUUUCUCCUUCUUUUGACACUUUGAUAUGGUUUACAGGAUCAAUAUACUGUUGAAAAAUGUUGGAUAUUCCACACAAAAUUGAUUGAUGGCACUUUGCCUGAAAUACAUCAUAGUCUGUCCCUGAAAAGGAUAUUCUACAGAAGGCGCUUUAAAGCGAAAAAUAAUGUAAAGAAGAACUCUAAUACCUUUCUUUAACUAGGCAAUUUGUAUUUGUAAGUAACUGCUAUACAUAUAAAAAAUGACUUUGUUCAUUUGUUGAUAGGUAUAGAAGGUCAUAAUUUGAACGGAUCUUUUCUUUGCCUUAUGGUUAAAGACGAGAGGUGGUUGCUUCUGUUGAUCUGAGCCAGAUACGGUUGUUUGGGAGCCGGAGAGAGCUGAGGGUCUGGUCUUUUUGUAGUGGCAUCUCUUCUUCUUAUAAUAAUGCAUAAGGUAGCAUGGGCAGAGGCUUACAAUCCAUGAUGUAAAUGUUUUUGUUUGUUGUGUUUUUUUUAUAUGUUCAUAUUAAAAGACAAUAAAAUUUAAAUAAUAUUUUAUUAAGCCUUGAAUCGCCUCCAGUUGUUCCUAUAGGCAAACAGACAAUAAGAAGCUGUUGAGGGGCAGCAGCAGCUGAAGCUGAUGCCACAGAGGACUGGGAGGACUGGUUAUGAGGUGGAGAUUGUUAUGUCCUGUACCAAAAUGCUCAGAUCUGGGGACACAUUUGAUGCCUGUUGAGGAUAAAACUGUAAAAUUUCAAAUGAUCGUAUUCUAACAGCUGUUAUUGACGUGUGGAAUUAAUUAAAAUCAGUUCUUAAAAAAAA